GAUUCUUAUGAUCGCAGUUACGAGGACGGAGGUGCAAAGAGUGCAGGAAGUGAACAGGAUAAAACAGGUGGAUCCGACACUUCUGAUUUUUAUAAUCAUGCCGAAAGCGGAAUGCAAGAAAAGAUGAGACGUGUAAGACCGCUGGUAUGUUGUCUAAUAAUUUUUAUUUCGACUCUGAAUCCGUGCUACUGUAUAUGCCCUCUGAUUCGACAGAGAACUCGAGAAGAAUGUUUUCUUGCUACUAAGCGUCCUUUUUGCUAUGAUGAAGAGUUGGACGGAGUGGCGGAAAGCCUACAGAGCUCGAACGGAUCGCACGACGAUGAUGACACGAGGGCAAGCACAGCAAAGGGUCUAGAAACCCCGGUAGCACGAUCACCAGCUCGCACUAACGAUUGGACCGAGCCCAAGGACUUUAAGGGAGUCAGCAGUCGCAGUACCUCGGAGAGCGAUUCUGAUGUAAGUUUCUUCGAUCCUCAUUUCUAG